AUGAUGAGAAAAAGAGGUUCCCCUUUUCAAAACCCCAUUGUCGCGCCCGGUAAUUGCUACAAGCCUACACCACUCCUCUCCGCAACUUCCGCCGCACGCUACCGCGACAAUUCUUUUGUGGAUAUGAGACUCGUUCGGAGUAUGUUCUGGUCUCCCAACGUCCGCCACUAUCGUCAAUUUCGACGCCAUAAUGCAAAUCCCCGUCAAGUGUACAUUGAGACAUCCAGUAUUGGGCAUAGUUCUAUUAUAAAGUGGCGUGGAAGAUUAUUUUCUGCUUCUGUUCCUUCUGAUACAAACGAAGUCAAAAAAUCUCGUAAAAAGGUCUCAAAGGAUGAACGCAGAGCCAUGGUGGAAAAUUUUGUUAACAAGUAUAAAGCCAUGAAUGCAGGGAAGUUCCCAACUGCCUUUAAGGCUAUGAAAGAGGCUGGUGGCUCUUACUAUUUCAUAAGGCAGAUCCUUCAGGAGCUGGAAUACAACUCUAAAAUGUCAUCCAUGGGCACAAAAGAUUUAAGUUCAGUGGGAAAUUAUAGUAUGAAGAAGAAUGAGAUGUCGACUGAAGAGUUGUCGAGCGGUUCUUCCACUGAUGCUGCACAAGUUUCAGGCAAUGUAUCUACAUUCGAUGCAAAUAUUAGUAAAGACGGUCAAAUCUAUAACGAGAAUUCGCUGGAGAAUCAAAAUUCCAACUAUGUUGCUACUAAACCUCAUCGAGGAGUAGGAGAAGUCGACAAAAUUUUGCAUUCACAUCCUCAGAAGCCAGAGGAUUAUGUGAAAGAAGAGACAGGAUCUGAUGAUACGCUGAAAUUUGAUCGUCUGAAGCCCAAAGCUCAAAAAGGGAAGUCAUCAAGGGAAUUGUACAGAGAGCCAAGUGAAGAUGCAGAACCUGAAGGAAAAUCAUCAGUUUGGGAAAAUUUGAAGUCUCUUGCAAAUGGAUUUCUGGGUAUAUGGAGGAAACGUUAG